AUGUCUGAGUCCAUCCAUUCAGACACAAACUCCAAAGUUGAGGCUGUCAACAAGUCCUCUGGCUGGUGGCCCAAAUCGCUCACUUUCAACAAAGACGAUGCGCCACCGCAGAUCUACAACAGAACGCUGUAUCUUUCGAUUCUUGUUUUCGGAAUCCUGGGGUGUGCCAGGGGGUACGACGAGGGAAACAUCGCCGGAACCGUUGCACAGCUGGAUUUUAUCAAAGAGUUUGGCCUGAAAGACCCAUCAAAGACCGCCGACCAGCUCGCCAACCUGAAAUCCAACAUCACGUCGAUGGUUCAGUUGGGUUCCAUCGGAGGAGCUCUUUUUUCUAUUUAUGCUGCAGAGAGUUUGGGAAGAAUCAGAACGAUGCAGCUGGGAUGUUUUGUUUGGGCCAUUGCUGCAAUUAUCCAGAUCACCAGCCACAAAGUGGGCCAGUUGUACGCUGGCCGGUUGAUUGAAGGUUUGUGUAUCGGUACCACUGUUGUUUGUGGACCGUGCUACAUUUCCGAGUGUGCUCCAAAAGCCAUCAGAGGAACGUGCAACAACAUUUUCGCCGGUGCGGUGUAUUUCGGUAUCAUGCUGGCCUAUUUCGCCAACUACGGCACAGCGCUCCACCAAACAGGCCGCAACCAGUGGGUGUACCCAACGUCCAUCAAGAUCGUUCUUGCCGGCACCAUAUUUAUUCUCUCCUUCAUCUUCUGCAUCGAGUCGCCAAGAUGGCUCAUCAAAAAGGGCCGCAUCGAACAGGCACAGAUCAACUUUAGCAAGCUCAGACACCUUGAGCCAGACCACCCGUACAUUCUGUCGGAGAUCGCCGACAUCAACGACCAGCUGCAGGUGGAGCGGGACGCCAUCAACGGCUCCUCGUUCUGGAACAACCUCAAGUCGCUGGCCACGGUGAGAAGCAUCCGCAUUAGAAUGAUCACGUGCAUCAUGAUCCAGAUCUUGGGCCAAUGGAGUGGGUCCAAUGCCAUCACCAUCUACGCACCAGAGCUGUUUGCCAUGGUGGGCAAGAAGAAGCAGACCGACAAACUCAUGAUGACUGCCUGUUUGGGUGUGGUGAAGUUCACCGCCGCUUAUUUAAGUGCUUUCUUCCUGAUUGACUUCAUUGGCAGAAAGCGGUCUCUCUACGGCGGAAUCACGAUCCAGCUGAUCUCGUCGCUGUAUUUUGCUAUCUACAUGUCGAUCGUUCCACAGGCCGCUGACGACGACCCCCACCUGACCCCAUCGCAGCUGCGUGCGGGCCAGGGUGCCCUUGCUUCCAUUUUCUUCAACGGUAUUGGGUGGGUUAUGGGCUGGAACUCGAUCCAGUACCUGUUCAACUCGGAGGUGCUGCCGCUGCGGGUUAGAUCGCUCGGUACUGCCGUGGUGAUGGCGUUCCACUUUGCCAACCAGUACGGCAAUUCCAAGGCUGUGCCAUCGAUGCUGAUUUCGCUCACCAACGCGGGGGCCUUCUACUUUUUCAUGGGUGUGUGUGUCCUGGGACUGAUGUUCUCAUGGUUCUUCAUUCCUGAGGUGACGGGCCGGUCCUUGGAGAGCAUGGAGGAGCUGUUCUCGCUGCCGUGGUACCUGAUCGGCAGACGUGGCGCGCAGCUGGCUCCAGACCACUCCGAGAUCAACAGAAUCCACUACAACCCGUCUGGCCAGGGCAACGCGCACGCGGGAGACAUCGACGUGGCCAUGAAGGACCAGCCGGAGCAGAUCGAGUACGCCGACGACAAGGUGGCGGAGCGCGAGCUGCAGGAGGUGACCUAG